ACUCACCCUUCGGUAAGAUGAACUCGUACAAGAAGUUGGAACAACUAGGGGAAGGCUCCUACGCAACCGUCUUCAAGGGCAUGAGCAAUUUUAGCAAGAAGAUCGUUGCUCUGAAAGAGAUCCGAUUACAAGAGGAGGAAGGAACUCCGUUCACUGCAAUUAGAGAAGCUUCCUUGCUGAAAGGCCUAAAGCAUGCGAACAUAGUCACGCUCCACGAUAUCGUGCACACGAAAGAAACGCUGACGUUCGUCUUCGAAUACGUGCACACCGACUUGAGUCAGUAUCUGGAGAAGCAUGGAGGUGGCUUAAAUCCGCACAAUGUAAUGUUGUUCCUGUACCAGCUGCUACGCGGCUUGGCUUACUGCCAUGAACGGCGGAUACUACAUAGGGACUUGAAACCACAGAACUUACUAAUUAGUGAACUAGGAGAACUAAAACUAGCCGAUUUCGGAUUAGCUCGUGCCAAGUCUGUGCCUAGUCGAACCUACAGUCACGAGGUGGUAACGCUGUGGUACCGGCCCCCUGACGUGUUACUUGGCUCCACCAACUACUCCACGUCGUUAGAUAUGUGGGGUGUGGGUUGCAUCUACUCAGAGAUGAUAUCAGGGCAGGCGACCUUUCCCGGAAUGAAGGACACGAAUGAUCAACUGGAUAAAAUAUUCAGGAUACUGGGCACGCCUACGGAGGAAACGUGGGAGGGCGUCACAUCGUUCCCGAACCACAACUCUGAAAAAUUUGGGAAGUAUGCACAUAAGAGAUUGUCACAGGUCAUUCCAAAGCUGCUGCAGAUUCCGUAUGCAGAGAAACUAGCUAGUCAGUGCUUGCAGCUCAAUCCGUCAAAGCGGAUUUCUGCCAAAGAAGCCAUGAGUCACAUGUUCUUCUCAGACCUUCCUCCUAAAAUCAUGGAUUUAUCAGAUGUGGCCUCCAUCUUUGUGCUUCCCGGUUUGAGACUGGCGCCCGAAGCUCACACGGCUCAUCGGAUGAACAUCCGGACUGUGCCGAAAAUGCGCGUGUGAUCAUGACAGAGUCAGUCUAACGCGGUCGGCUUGCGGGCGUGGUUGAACUCCAGUUCUCCAAUCUUGCUGUGAUGUUAGCUUGCAUAUAUGUGCUGAGUUACUACUGACCGUCAUUGUUCUACUACUACUACUGUACGCUCCUGAAGCCCUACAUGGCAGAGUG